AUGUCAAAACCUGUAAAAUUUGUACGAGGUUUUCGUGAGCCAAAACAAAAAGAUAUUGAUGAGGCACUUGGUAAUGAUGCUUCGUUUUCGAAUGAGUUCAAAGCAUCAUUCAAUUCAUUACCAAAGCCCACCAAUGAUUUAGAUUGGUUAGCAAAUUAUAGAGAAAAAGGUCAAACUUAUGCAAAAUUUCUUGAUCAAUGCCCAUUUCUUGACGAUCGUAGUUCAUUACAAAAAUAUAUUUAUUUAACAUUACUUGAUAAUGAUGAUCGUCUAUCAAUAUUGAAUAUCGAUCGUCUAGUUGAUUAUACGAAAUGUUUUUUUCAAAUGGAAGUUAAACUGCUUCCAUUAUUUACUAACGUCAAUUGGAAUGACAAAAAACGAACCCUCGCAUGCACAGUUAAAGGUAGGAAUAAUUCAACGAGCGAGACAACGCUUCGUGCACGUUAUGAUUCAACAACUGGACAUUCACAGAUUUGUGUCAAUCAUGUGCUUAAUCUACUGAAACGUGCAGUACCUAGUGAUGCGCGUUGUCUUGUUGCUAUAACAUUGCAUGAUUUGUAUUCAGAUUCAUCUGAUUUGUUCAUUGCUGGCUUGGCUCAAGGGAAUUGUCGCAUAGCCGCUUUUUCCUUCUUUCGUUAUGAUCCUCGUUUAGAAAUAAGCGAAGAGUUUUGGUACGAUUGGAAAAUUAAAAAAACUAAAUCAAAGCUUAUGUCAACGAUCAUAUUGCUCCGAUCGUGUCGUCUUCUUACACAUGAAAUAGGACAUUUACUUGGUAUUGAUCAUUGUAUUUAUUAUGAUUGUUUAAUGAAUGGUAGUGGUCAUUUGGAAGAAGAUUUUUCUCAAUCGUUAUUUUUAUGUCCCGUUGAUUUGAGAAAAUUAUCGGAACUGGUCGAGUUUGAUUUUAUUCAACGGUAUGAACAAAUGUUAGAUUUUUGUACAGAAAAUAAAUUUACCGAUGAAACUGAUAUUCUCAAAAAACGUUUGGAAAUAUUAAAGAAUGAAAAACCAGCAAUAGAAACAAAAAAGAGAAGCAAUAAUGGUGAUGAAGUCAAACGAAGUUCUAAACGUUUGAAAAAAACAGUGAUACCGAAUCCGGUUGAAUAG